AUGCCGUCGACAAGAGCACAGAAGGCCAAAGGCAUCACCAAUCCUGUUCCAGCUUCCAAGCCAGUGUCGACAAGAGCCCAGAAGUCCAGAGGCACCACCAAACCUGUCCCAGCUUCCAAGCCGGUGUCGACAAGAGUACGGAAGUCCAAAGGUGUCACCACUUCAGUCUCAGAGCAUGGCCAAGUUAAGAUCACGGCUAUGUUUCCAGUGGCAGCAAAGUCUGCGGCCGAACGCACGAUGUCCGCCAGUGUCCAUGCUGAUGUGGCUGUGAAAGACACUAGCACAGCCUCUAUGUCCUCGGACCAAACGAUGAAUGAGUCUCGCUCUCUCAUUGUCCGUCUGAAGGUCCCUGGGGUGGCGGACACGAAGAUCGUCGUGGCUGCCAAGCGGGCUGUCAAGGGCAAGGCUGUGGACGCGAAAGGAGCAGGUCAACGUGCCGCUGCUACUUCUCGGGGGUUCAAACGAGAAUCCUCUGAUGAAGAUUCAGACAAUUCUCCACACAAGAAGAGCAAACGAUCCCGCAAAGAGGAUGAUGACGACUUCGAACCAGAUGAUGCCACGACUCAAGCUCUGGCCGUUGCAACCGUCACUCGUGAGCUUCGCGGUCGAGGCGAAGAUGGAACUGUGACCGGGCGUAUCAGAGACGCUGAAAAGGCCAAGGAAGAUCUGCGCGGACCCUUCAUCUCUCUUCGGGUAAAGCUACUCGGCCAGUCCCUUGAGAAGACGAAGAAGCGACGCCCCGCCACUCGUUAUACCAACGCGCAACGAUUCAAGUUCGGUCACGAUCAGCUCUGGUAUUGGACGUCGCCAUCUCCGUACGAGAUCCGCAAAGUCUCGGAGAUCCUUGAGAAGGAACGGCCUGCCAUCGCUGAGGUUGCCGUAGCAGAAGGGACGGCAACGAACCCAUUCCAUGCCAGUGCUGGCAUCUCUAUCGAUUCCAUCGUCCGCGUCAUCCUGUCACAAGCAAGCACCAACGAAGGCGCACUGGAUGCACAGCAGUCGAUGCUCCUGGCAUACCCGUAUUGGGUCGACGGCAAGAGGAUUACAGGGAAAAAGCCGAACUACCACGCAAUGCGUCUCCAGAGCCUGUCCAAGCUGGAAAAGGUGCUGAAAAAGGCGGGCUUGGGAAAGAUAAAGCCAAAGGCAAUCAAGCAAAUCCUUGACAUCGUCUAUCAAAGAAAUAUGGCGCUUCUGGAUCCUUUGGCAGACGGCCAAGUCCUGUGCGAGGACAACGAGCCGGGCGCCACUGACUUUGUUCCUGGUCUGCUGUCUGUGGACUAUUUCUGGGACAUCUACAGACAACAGGGCAAGCAAGCUCUCCUUGACCACCUUGUCUCCUUCCCGUCGAUCGGCGUCAAGUCAGCGUCCUGCUUGAUGAGCUUCAACAUGUCGUUGCCAGUCUUUGCCGUGGACACCCAUGUCGCCGGUAUGGCAAAACUUCUCGACAAGCUGAAACUGUCUCUCCACCAAGCCUUCUGGAACCAUCGUCGGAAUUGUGCGCGCUGCAGUGCGCGAAACAAUCCAUCAAGCUGGAUCUAUAACAACACUACCUGUCCUCUGGAAUCUAUGAUCAAGCGUCCGCAGCCCAAGCCUGAAGCCACCAAGGCGCCGCGCAAGCCCCAGACUGCGCCACCCAAACGGGCCAACAAGAAGGAACCUAGCGACGAGGAGCGGAUCGCACAGGGACUUGUGAAAGUCACCUACGAAAUUGACGACGAUUUUGAUGCUGCCGGUGGCACAGGAGUGAAGCGAACGAUUUGGAUCCGGGAUUACAGUGCGGAGGAGUAUGACCCUGUGGAGGAAGAGGACAUCUACGUUGAGGAGAUUAUCAUUUCGUUUUCUAAGGGAAAAAAGUGA